AUGUCGGAGCACAAGCUGCGCAAGCUUAUCGAGUACAACAACCGGCUCAAGGAGCAGCUGGAGCUGCAGCGGAUUCCGGUGUCGCAUGCCAGCCAGUCGCUCAUUUCGUACACGCAGAACACCAAGGACUACCUGCUGCCGUCGCUGUGGGGUCCGCCGCCGCAGGAUCCGUUUGCCACGCAGGCCAGUGGCGGGUGUGGGUGCUCGGUCAUGUAG